GUGUGUGUGUGUGUGUGUGUGUGUGUGUGUGUGUGUGUGUGUGUGUUUGACAGAUUCCACUGGACUCCACCCUGCUGCUCUUCACUGUUCCAGGAAAUGUACAUCUCUCUGCUGCUCCACAUCUGCAGCAGCGCUGAGGACAGACUGACAGGCUGCUCAACACGUUCAGCCUUUAUCCCAAACCUUUAUCCCGUGUCUCAGGAGGUUUUAUUUUCUUUUUUUUUAAAGUAAAGUAGGCGUGUCAGAGAGCCGAAAACCUCUCCGUUUUCUCAUUUCAUCGCUGGGAGUCAACACGGACAGGAUAUCUCUGCUGUCGGUCUCUCUAAAUUGGUAAGUUGGGUUUAUUUAAAAUAAGUUUUUGUGUUUUUCAACGGUCAAAUGUCCCUUAUUUAUGCCACACAUUAAUCUAAUGUAGGGUUUCAAACUGUUGCUGCUGGUGUCUAUUCAUACCAGUGAGGAGGGUGUGUUGGUCCAGCCGCCGCCACACACCUGAAAAGGCUUUUUGUGAGCUGAGGUUUGGUCACGGGUGAACAGGGUGGAGUGGGAGCUGUGUGUGCUCGGGGCAUGUUAGCCUGUUUGUUAGCAUGUUUUAACAGCUCAGCCAGUGUACUGUAAGAGAGUAAAGAUGAGUUUGCAUUCACAGUAAGACAGCUGUCUCAGACUGGGGUGAAUCUUUCCGGAUCUGUCAUGAUGAUGUUUGUGUUGCUCCCUCUUCUGAGCUCAUUUUCUGCUUGUGUGAAUGUUGUAGCUGCAAACAUCUCCCUCAGGCUACUCUUAAAUACUGGGCUGUCAUCUUUUGAUUUUUUCUAUCUUAAUUUACAGCACUAUUUUUACCUGCUCUCACCAGGAAAAGCCCAGAAGUAACCACUGACAUUUGUGCUCGACUGGUUUUUAAGUGUCUUAAGCUUUGACAGUAAGCCUGGAGGGCUCCUCACAUUAAACACAGAAAGACCUUGGGCAAAUACUUAUUCUGUCUCAUUUGAACAAACUAACAGAUAGAUAAAAAUACCAGUUUCUCUCAGCUGUAUUACCUCAUCUCACAGUGAUGUACUGUACAUUCCUCUUAGAUUUCAGUCCACCCAGACACAUAUAAGCUUCAGUUAGAGACUGUAUAACAUCAGUGAAAGCUCAUGUCUUUUUUUUUUAGAUUAAAGUAGAAGACUGACAUUCAUAAAGAUGCUAACUGUGUUGUACAAAAGAAAAUAAAGCCAUAAGCUACCAAAUUGAUGAGUUUCAUACUGUAAUUUUUUAUUCCUGAAGCUGGUGGAGGGGGGUAGAUGCCAGUGAAAAAAACGAUUUUACAUUAUUGGGAUUACAAUAUUGAGAUUUUUCAUCUGAAGAAUCAUUUAAGCAUGUAGAGGACAAGAUUAGUAAAGGUUGCUGACCACAGGGGGCGCUGAAAUUUACACAAACUGACAGUUCCUCUCAGAGGCUUUGAAGCUCCUGUUAGGAAUUUUUAGCUGUUACAAAACAGACUGAAAUCCCCUCUCUUUAACCCAGCAAACAAAACCAGAAGUGACAAGAUCGAUCAAUUCUACGUUGUUUUAUUAAUACAUGAAGCCAGUGCCACAGGGUAGGUGGCAGAUAGGGUGAUGAACAGCACUGCAGCAAAGAUAUGGUACAAGAACAAUGCUUGACCGUAAAAAGAUACAAGGACUUAAUUUUUUUGUCAGAAAAUACAGCUGACAUUUGUAGGUGACAACAUCACCGAAAAGAUAGGCGGUAUCAAUUAGUCGAAAAAUCAACACAAACACUAAGCUCUUCAGGGGAGCUUUAAAAUGUUUAAUUUUAUUUUACAAAAUUUUCCCCAGGCUGUUUAUGCUGUCUCUGAACCUUCUGUUGUUGCGUGAGGUAGUAUUAUUUUAACGGAAUUCUACUGAACGAAACAUGAAAAACCUGGUCUGGAUUAACAUUUUCAGCGGAACAACAUGUGGGUUAAAUUUCUUUGAACAACUUUUUAUUUCUAGGUCAUAUGCAAUUUAUCAUUGGAAGAUGUUUUUAACAGUUAGUAAUGUAGUCAAAUAAGUACGGAUGACAGAUUGUAUUUCAUUCUCCUGCAUGGUUUGACAGUAUUUUGAUUUAUGUCAGGUUAAACUGUAUAUAACCACACACUAGGAGUAUUGCGUCACCCACACAUUCAUGUGGAUAUUAGCCUGCAAGAAGAAUUAAAGGCUAGCAGUACUAGCUCUGCUAAUGUUAGCCACACUUGGCAAACUAAUUUGACACUGUUUCACAUCCCAGAGACUGUGAGUUUGUUUUUUAGUUGUGUUAUAAGAAUUGUACUUGGUUCUAGCUUGUACUGGCCGUUUUCUUUGUUAAAGCCCCUAUGACAUACUUUUGGUUACAUCUAUCAUGCUGCUUAUCAUGUCCUCUGAAUGAUUGUCUGUCUGUCCUGUGACAGAAAAUCUCAUGAUUCUGACAUUUGACUUUCACUUUUAACAUUUAUUGUGAAUAAUUAAUGAGGAAAAUGUAAAAACAGUGCUUUUUGUACAGUGACUUUAAUGAUACCUACUCUUAAAUUACAAGGCAACACUUUUCAGUCUUGUCGCUGAUGGUCUUGUUUGCUUUUGUAUAUCAUAAAAAUUCAACAGUAUGAAUUUUAGUCUAUUUCAUAAACAAAAGAAAGAAAAAGUCCUUACAGGAUCUUUAGGUUCAUUUGGGGGGCUUUCAGCCUUUAUUAGGGGGGAAAGAACCUUGGAUAGUGUUGGAAAUGAGAGGGCGCAGGGAACAACAGGUGGUGGAAGGACACAGGUUAGACCACCACCCCUAUCAAGGACUGUGGCUUCUGUACACAGCCCACGAUUAAAUCACGAGGCCAAACUUGGACCCCAUUUCCUCCUGUUUUCUCAACUGUAGACUAGUCACCCAGUGGGGAUUUGAUUUUUGUCUUUAAACAAAAAUUUCCAUUAAAAUCACCAGAUUUCUUAGUUGUCAUGAUGGCCGCAAAUUUACUAGAGGAAUUGAUGAAUCAGCUGUAAAAUAUCGCUUUUUUUUCUAUUAACUCAAUUACAAAACAAAGGUUAAUUAAGUCAAGGGCCAUAAAGGAGAACUUCUUCUCUUGACAGACUGGGCAAUCGGACUGUAAGACUGCAGACUUGAAAUAAUUAACUUUUUUUUUUUACCUUUCAAUCAAUUUUUCUAACUUUUGGGCAAUGUCAAAUGAACUGAACUUUACAGCGCGAUGUCAGAAGUCAAAUUUUUCAAAUAACAGCACACACUACGGCACUCAAGUCUGAAAGGAGAAGCGUGAACAGUCAUGAUGACAUAAGCCAAAUUCAGAGGUAGUGCAGUUUUAGUUUAAGUUUUCAAACUUAAAUAAGCACACAUGACAGUUAUGUACACAACAACAACUCUAGGUAUUUUCCAAGUCAAAUCUCAAUCCAAAAAGUUUGGAGCACAAAGUGAAAGUUAGCUUGUCAAACUGGUUCUUAUAGGUGUUGUCUUGUGAAGUAUUUCUGUCACUCUGGUCAUCAUGACAGGGUCUUUGUCUGACGUGUAACAACACGUUUGUAAUGCUGCGUGGGUUGAACUAACUUGUGACAGUGUUGUCACAAGGAAACUUGACCACAGUGACUCAAAAACAUGUUAUCUCUCAGUGAUGGUUGUAUGAAGUCAACAUCCUGAGUUUAAUUUUCACUCCAUAACAUUUUCCAGCUCUUUUGACGUCUUCUUAAUGUCAUGUUCCUGAAGAGGAGCCACACCCUCCUGUUCAAACACGCCCUAAGUCCUCUCAUCUGCUGGCUGACCAGAGCAGUGAUCAGCUCUGCGUCUUGUUCUCUGAAUGUUUGGCUGCACAAACUCUGAAGCACUUUUUUCCAUGCUGUGUUUUCUGUCCUGUUGCUUGGUGCUGGGGUUGUGAUGUAACAGCGAGGUGGAGCCAGCUGUUGAAUUCUUUCAGUGUGCGUGGUUGCCUAAAAAAAUCCCUUAAAGUAAAACCAGAGCUGAGGGGUGAUUUUGCAUCAAAACAGAGGGAAAACAAACUCCCGUCUCUGCCUGCAUGGCUGCUCAGUUUAUGUAAAGUAGCAGCUAGAAAAGAUCAUCUGCCAAAUGUUAAACCUAUUAGUGAAGAAAUGUGUUUAAAACUUAAUGAGUCUCAUUGUAAUGAGUCCUGUAAAAGAACCAGAACUCCUUAUAUUCUCACUGAAGGAGAAGCGAAUCAUUGGAUGUGUGGUUUAUUAUUAGGUAUUUCCCUCAGAGGCUUCUGUGAUGAUUUUUGGGCCUGUGGUGGUUUUUGAAAACCACAUAGCUGAGCAAGAACAUCUGUUCACUUAAGUGUAGGACAACCCUAAAUGUGCUCUUGGAAUGUGAUUAUCCAGCUUAGUGUUAGUGUUAGUUUUGGACUCACACAUAAAUUCACACACACUAACAGCACCUUGACACACAAACGUAAAGCCAGAGUACACUUGUUCUAAGCAUUGACUGUAUAGUAUGGAUGGACAACGUGGCUCUGCCCUCCCAUUGUACGAAUUUGAAGCCAAAUUACUCUCUGUAGUUAUUUUUUCAAGUUAAAGCUAUGGUCUACAAUCUGAAAACCAGUUUGGCUGUUGAGACAGGUUUGAAAAACGCAGCCUGCCCCCCCUUCACUCACCCCUCCCCUCUGUGUUCUAACAUCCCGCCCCCCCCAGCUCGUGUCGCCUCCUAAAAACACGCCCCCUCCGAUAGAGCAAGAAGCCGGCUGGCAGAAAAUAUCAGCAGCAAAGCUAGCCUCGAAAACAAUUCAGGAUAUCUGGGUCGGAUUCACAGGUAUGGUUAAAACCUUCAUUGGAGUUGAAGCGAAAUGAGAUUUCUCAUAGCUGAAAGUAACAAACAUGACAGUCAUCCCCCUUGGAACAUACAGUGGUAGCCAUUUCAAUUGGACCGGCGCGAUCAAAACCAUAUUACAGGGGUGAAGCGGGUCUGGCGUCGCCACUGCUAGCCGGUCAGAGCAGAGCCGAUUGUGGGCGAGGCUUUACCUUUCUCGGCGUGUCUUCACCAGCUCAGUUUACAAUGCUAAAGAUGCGUGGCUAACUUAUGCUUAAAUCUAUUGACAGAGCCUUCCCGUUCCGACCAACAACGUUCAGUCAUUAGCCAGUAUAGGCACAGACUAACCAGAGUUAUUCAGCAGACAUCUCCCACUGUAGUAAACAAAGUAAUUACCUGUUCAACAAAAAUUCGGCUGUCUCAGCGUCAGUUUUCAGUCUCAAAUCCUUCUGCAGCUUUUUCCACCGUUCGUAAGUUUCUACGAUGUUGACUCUCCGUUAGCACCUGUAUCACUCAUAUUUCUUCCUUCAGCCUUUUCUCGAAACUUUUACGUUUCCUUCUCUUUGAUGUGGAGGGUAACAGAGGCUAUCUCUUGGUUUCGGUGUUUGUCCUCUCUGGCUCCAUUACGCUUCAGUAGCUGUGCAGCUCGCUAAUUACAUGUACGUGAGGGGGGUAGUGGGGAGGAGGCGGGACAGUGUGGAGCAGGGGAAACAGGGGAUUGGAUGGACUCACGGACUAUUCCGAACCGCCGGGGUUACAGCGGUUUGGACUGGUUGUUUAUUAUGCUUUUUUGCAGCGGAUAUACAGAAUGGAUUUUUUUUGUUCUUUUUGAUCUUUAUAUAGCGUAGAUCAGACCAUAGGACCAUAAUGGCCUUAGAAACGGUGUUAUUAAUAAGUACCAAGCUUCCAAAUGGUAAACCAUAGCUUUAAAUUCAGUCUUUGGUUCUAAGUGACUGAAAGCAGGUUUUGUCAUUUAUGUAUGCAUACAUGUGUGCCAGUAAAAGUGGUGAACAAGUUCAGGGUAGGAAGUGGUGGCUUAAAGCUCUGUAAGUUUUUUGGAGGUUACAAACUGCAUGAAAUGGAUAGUGCUGCCUCUUUAUGACCCAUAAAGGCGAACGUGAUCUUAAGCAUCAAGAUUAACAACUUUGGUGUAAUGAUGAUUAUUGCUGCAGCAGGAUAGGUGUCAAUGAUAGGGAUCAAAUGCAUGCUGCACAAUUACCCUUUUUUAUUUUCCUCGCAGAGGUUCUCAAUGAGUGAUCCAUAUGAUUGUUAAAAGACAGCAAAGUGUUUUAUCCAAACUGCUUUGUUUGCAGGUUUUCCAAAAGUUCCUCACAGGAGCUUUAAUUUUCCCUGUAGUUAUUUUCAAAAAAGUAUUCAAAUUAUAAGAGUAGAGAUCAACCAUGUUACACCUUGGCAUUAUAUUAGUGUGUCCCACCCCUGCUCUAUAAUUUCUGGAACUAUUACAGUUACCAGUAUGAAUUUAUCAAGGAUUGAAAUAUUAGCCUCUUUCUCCAUAAGAACAUAAAAAGAACAUAGCAUUAAUAAUGAUCCAUCCAGUUUGAUCAUUCAAGUGUUUUAUAUACCAAAUAUAGAAAUUCUGAGCACAUUACUGAGGGUGUCUGUGGCUCUUUAGUAGAUGAAGUCAUUUCUUAUAAGAGGAUCAGUUGUUACAUGCCAAAGUGUCCUUGGGCAGGACACUGAACUCAGAUUUUCUGCUUGUGACAAAUUGUGCUUACCCUCUAAGUGACCCAGUUUGUUUUAGUCUGGUAACUGCAAGUCGCCAGUCUAUGAAGGGAAUUAGUCAAUACUGAGGGUCCCCCAUACUAUCCUCUGCCAUCUGUGUAUGAGUGUGGUGUGAAUGGGUUAAUGGUCGUUAGAAAGAACUGAAAAGCUCUGUACUAUUUUAGUAUAUUUACCAUUAUUAAGGUGAUUGUUUUGUUGCUGUAACCUUUAUUGUAAAUAUCACAAAGGUGUGAUGGUGAGACCACCCCUGUGCAUUGGAGGCAAGGACCGUGACUGGAUCACUGUGAUGCAGCAGAAAUGAGCUGUGAUAUGUGCGUAUGUCUGAAGUGUGUGUGCAUGACGCUCACUCUUGUGCACCUGCAAUGUUGUAAUGCAACAUGAAUUCACAAACUGGGACACCCAAUGUUACACAGUCCCAGGAUGAGUAUAUAAAAAGCCUACAAAAUCAGGAUUAAGGCAGGCCUUUGUUAUGGGGCAGUUACUUACGCUCACUAUGAAAAGAGGAUACUGUUUUUUUGACGGAUCAAAACAAGUCUCUUGGAUCUCUAAAGUGAAAUUUGAAGUCAUUUUAUAACUGCCGACAUGCUUGUUGAUACACUCAGGGUAAACUCAACAAGUUUUCAAUAUAACUCUGAUAAAAGUGCACGGGACAGCAGUUGCCUGUUUAAUCCCAGUGGACUGAGCUGAUAACAGUCAAAGUACAGCAGCAUAUCCAAAACAAUGAGCUGACUGACACCAGUAAACAGCUGGGUAGCAGUCAAGGCUCUUCACACACUGUAAAUACUUAAUUAAAGCUCCCAUGCAGAGAUUGAGCUGUUUACUAAGCACCAAAUGAACAAUGAUGCUUCUCUGUGACCUACGAAAGUACAUCAGACCAUCGGCAGAGAGACUGACAAUCCUUAUACUGUAAUUCUUAUGCCUUUAACUGCUUUUAGGGGUGUUUUUUCUGGAGUCAUAUUCUGAGUCGGGUCAAAUACUUUCACUUUUACUUUUACUGUAGACCAGACUUGACUUUGAACAAUUCUUUUGUUGUGUUUUUUAUGCAAAGUGAGCUCUUCAUUUCAGUUAGAUUUUAAUCCGAGUGGAAAGGUUGUAAAAUUCUGUUGGAUUAAUGUAUAAUGUUGAAUUUUUUCCUUUACAAAAUUAAAAUAGUUUAAGUUGUAGCACCACCCUCAAGGUUCUCUACUGUUAAGUCUAAUUUACCAUGAAACACAUAUUUACUGUAUUUUACUUCAUCUCCUCUCCUCACAGCCGACAUGUCCAGGUCAGACUACCCUCCAGGGUAUGACGACUCCCGGGGCCCCCUGUACAAUCCUCAGGGUGGGAAUUACCCAGCACCCCCUGCAUAUGGCUUUCCUGCCUACGGUGGUCCACAGCCAGGCCAGCCUGCUGCUCCAUACCCCACUGGUCCUAACACCCCUUUGUACCCAGGCCAGCCAGGGGGGUAUGGCCCAGGACCAUACCCAGGACAGCCUCAACCUGGUGGGCAUCCUGGAGCCGGGUAUCCUAACCCCCCUCCUAUGCCUCCUGUCAUGCCGCCCACUAUCCCAUCAGACGUCCUGAGCUCAGGUAACUGAUAGAUGUGUCUUUGAAGCAGUGAAAGGCUGUUUUUUAGGGAGGGAAAUAAGUGCUUUGUUCUGACCCUUACAAGGUCCUAUAUUUGACCCAAUGACUGGUGAAUUUCAGUGUUUUUCUGUAGUAUCACAUAGCUUUGUUAUCUUCAUUUUGAUCCAUUUAAUGCAGUUAAAUUGGCUGACUUUUGGGUCCAUACUGCCACACUGAUUGAAGCCACUGCAUCACUUGCUUGUUGUUAUGAGGCAUCCCGUCACCAGAGAACUGUGCAGCUGAAACAGAUAAUCAGUGAUCGAUUUUCAUCCAAGGAAUCGUUUGACUCAUGCACACAAACAAGACAUGUUAUCCUGAAGUAGCUAGAGGCAGGAGCAGCUGUUUGUGUUUAAUCAACCCGGUUUGGAGUGACAUUGCUUAAAUAAACAUUGUUUUUUUUUUGUAUGUGACUAAACGUUAAAGCCUGCUAGUGAAAAUCACAUUUGCGGACUGGUCUAGUCGACUCAUAGAUAUUAGGUUGCUUAUAAUCUACCUUUAAAGUCUCACUCUGAUCAUUUUUUUACUACUUUAAGUGUUGUCAGUGGUCUUUAAAUUGUGAUUAUGACAUUUUUUAGCCAAAAUCAUGUGACCUGUGUCAUUUUCAAGGACUUUUCUUCUGCAGCGCUCCAGUAGCUCAUUAGCAAUUCGCCUCUGAGUCGUGGGCGGAGACAGCGCUGCUCUGCACACUUCUCUUCAUGUUAGCUUGCAGUCUAACAUUGCUGGUGUAGCAGGUAACAUAGGAGCUAUUCAGCUGUCGGACACUAAUGUCUUUCGGUACAUGAUGAAAGUAAAUAUAAAAAUUAACUUUCUUACGCACUCGCUUGUUCCGCAAUUGUCCUCUCUACUUUCCGAGUUUGGCCUGCGUAGUGGAGCUCUGGGGGCUUUGAUUUGCUACGUAGGAAAUGUCACUGAAUCUGAACCUGUCGUUUGGGUCUGCCAGAGAUCCACAAUAAUUUGAAUGCAGAAAUACUCAGAAAUGCAAUACUGCACUUCGUUUUCUCAUGAUAUGUCCUGUAGCAUCAGAAAAAUGUCAUAUAAACAUGUAGACAACCAGAAAAACACGAUUUUCAUCGGAGCGUGUCUUAAGUUUGGAGCAGUUAUUUGAAUCUAAUUUCUGCUUUAACUCUGUUUGGUUCAAGGUUUUUGUUUCUUUUUAUCUCUGUGGUCAGUUUUCUCAUUUUUCUGCUCUGCUGAUGUCACAGGAGAUGAAUUUGCAGCGAGUGGCAGCGGCUGGGACGACAUGAGCAUUCGACAUGCCUUCAUCAGGAAGGUAAAACACACACUGGAUUAACUUUAGUUGUACUAAGUGAUGCUACACUCAAAGUUAAAUCCUCUCAGAAGUGAUCAGCUGAGCUCUGCUCAUAAACUGACGCUGUGUUUGUGUAAUAACAGGUUGAGGUGAGGAGACUGUAUUGUAUGAGGUCUCAUGUCCCUCUGUCUGUGUUCUAGGUGUACAUGAUUUUAGCGGCUCAGCUCCUCCUCACCACAGCCAUCGUAGCCGUAUUCACAUUUGUGUGAGUAAACAGAGUGUGUGUUUUGUCUCAAAUGUCUGUGUGUGUGUGUAUUUGUGAGUGUCACACUGUAACUAUGCCUCUGUCUGUCACAGGGAGCCUGUCAGAUACUUUGUACAGAGGAACCAAGCCAUCUACUGGGCUUCAUAGUAAGUCUGACUCUGUAUUUUUGUUGACACUUUUUGAUGAUGUGAAGUUUUACAGAGAAUAAAUCAAACAGUUGAAUAUAACGCCUUUCGUCUGUCUCUUAUUUGUUUUAGUGCGGUGUAUUUCAUAACCCAUCUGGUGCUGGUCUGCUGUAAGGGCCCCAGGUGAGUUUAAACGCUCAGUUUCACACAUCUGAAGGAAGAAAAACUGCACAAAGGGUGCUAAAAACUGUAUUUAAUCUUUUGAUCAUACUCUGUUUGAAGGAGGAAGUUCCCGUGGAACAUCAUUCUGCUGCUCGUCUUUGUAAGUCACAUGGUUUUUGGUUCAAUCAGGAAAAUAUCAUUAUCAGUAUUGUCUUUUUAUUUCAUUAUUAUCAAACAAAAACACCCCCAUGAGAAACAAAGGCCCAAUCCUAAACCGACCCCUACACACUCGGUCUUUACUAUCAUUGUCACUCAUAAUGAAGUUACACUCACAACUGUGGAGUGCACCUCAAUUGAAAUGGGAGGGUAUAAACAAGGCGGGCGGGUAUGGGACGCCCUCCUCACUGUACCGGAAAACGGAAAGAUUCAUUGCCAUAGCAUCACAAAGACGCGUUCUGAGCCGCUCUGUUUCUUCAUCCUCCCAGUAAAAUCAUAAAUCCAGUAACCAUACAGUGACAGGAGCUAAAUUAAACUUCUGAUUAUUAGUGAUUACACAUGUCUUUGAACCCCUUUACUAUUUGACAUGUGCCUGCACAAUCAAAAGAAAUGUCAGCACGGAGUAAGAUUUCUGAGGUUCAUUUGAUCUUUUCAAACCACGUCCUUUCUUUUUUUUUUUGUCAGUAAGACAAAGGUGGACACAUACGGAACUUAUAUUUGUCUGUUGUUUCCUCCUCCUCCAUUUUUGCGGGCGCACUACCUGCAAAUCUGGCCGUGAGUGAGCAUCGGUGCAGACUCCCUAUCUGAGGGCUGAACAGUCACUUGCCCUCCUCACUCUGUGGUUUGGGAUGGCCUUCAAUAUGGCGGAGCCUCCGCCGCGACGCGCAUACGGAGGGAGAGUGUAUAGGGCGAGUGUUUAGGGGGCGGUUUGGGAUUGGGCCAAAGUCUCUCUUACAAGGGAGUCCUGGCCAGGACAGUAGCAAAUGUAUAUUUUCAUAAGGAAGUAGACAAUCAACAGAUGAAUUGCAACAAUUAGAAAAAAGAUUUCUGUGAUGAGUUUGAUGAUGAUUAAAGGUCAGAUUUUCUUCAUGGACAAAACCCUGGAAUCACAUUCAGUCACCUCACGGUUAAAUCUAAAAAGCUAGAUAUCAUCUUUAAAUGUCCUCACACUUCCCUUUAGUGUUUUUGGCAGUGAAAGUGAGUCUUAAUUUACAAACACUAAUCUGGACAAUGUUGCAAACGACUUGUAGGUCUUUAAUUGCACUUCUUAAAGAAGACAAAGGACCUUUAUGUCAACAUAAAAAUACUUCAGUAACAUCCAUUUGAAUUAUGAUUUUUUUUUUUAAAAAGGACCCUGUAUGGACCCUUGUUUCUUUGACUUUGGUUUUCACAACAUUAAAGCAUAAAUAUACGUUGAGAGGUUUAACAUGAAUGGAUUAGUCACUGCAAAAUAUCUCAGCAUGUUGUUUAUCAUGUAUUUGUGUUCUGUUAUAGCUUGUAGUUACUCUCACAGUAAUGUUUUGUUGUCCUGUUUUUAUUGGUUCAAUACAUUUUUAUUUCGUCAUAUUUGACAGACUCUGGCUUUGUCCUACAUGACUGGCUCCAUUUCCAGGUAAAAAAUCAAACUUCUUCUUUUGAGUAAUGUAAACACUGAGUCUGUUUUUCCUCGGGCCUAAAUAUGUGCACCUCUUUAUUUGUAGUUUCUAUAACACAAAAGCAGUGUUCCUCGCACUUGGCAUCACUGCCGUCGUCUGCAUCGCUGUCACCGUCUUCUGCUUCCAGACAAAGGUAGCGUGUGUUUGUGUGUGUAUCUGAGUACUGUUAAGCUACGCAUGGCUUCUGUGUAUUUGUUGUAUCAAACUAUGUUGUUGUUUUCUCUUCUAGGUGGAUUUUACCAAGUGUCGGGGCCUUUUCUGUGUCCUAGGGAUCGUAAUAUUUGUGACUGGAAUCAUCACAACCAUUGUGCUGUCUUUCAAAUAUGUGAGUUUAGCCUGAUGUCAAUAAAAGACAGGUUUCUGGUCUCAUAGUUUUAAUUUUCUAUGAUUGUAAUUAUUGCAUUGUUGUUGCAGAUCCUGUGGCUUCACAUGCUUUAUGCAGCCAUUGGGGCCAUAGCCUUCACCAUGGUGAGUGUUUAGCUUCUGCACUGUCUGGAGAUCACUUCUUGUUUCACUGAACUCUCUUUGCUGUGUUGUACUGAGUGCUUCUUGUAUAUUUUGUAGUUUUUGGCCUACCACACACAGCUGCUGAUAGGAAACAGAAAACACUCCAUCAGUCCAGAAGAGUACGUGUUUGCUGCACUCUCCAUCUACGUCGACAUCGUCCAGAUCUUCCUCUUCCUGCUGCAGAUCAUCGGGGCUUCAACCAAAUAAAUCCACCACAGUGCCCAUGGGUCAACUGGUUGCAGAUUUUUCCAUUUUCUGAAAACUUUUCUCUGUUUUAGGCCAGGAUAAGACACAUUUGUAAAACAUGAUGCACUCAAGGGAGAUUAUCUAAGGGCUGAAUCUGAGGUUUUGUCAUUGUAUAGGUCAAUCCUAUGCACAGAAAAUGCACUUUUUCCAAGGUCAAUUACUUGUUUCUAUCUGUACUUGCAGCUUACCAGUGGUUAUUAAAUAUUAUACUACAAUAUGAACACAGCCUAUAUAUAAACAUAUAUAUAUGGACACUGGAAUGUAACAUAUGUUCACGUUAAGGCAGAAGUGUCUCAGCAUUUUCCUCUGCAUGUAGAUGUACUAAUACACAAAUACUGGGUCCUUCUGUGUCAAUGUGGAGAAAUCAGGUAAAUAUUUUCUCUCUGUUGCUCAGACUUGGCCGACACACGGGCCUACCUGACGGGUUAGUUUUGACACACAGUGGGGGUGGGCAGUGAGCAUUAUUUAGUUCACAUCACCAGGAUUAUGACCCUCAUAUGAUACUUUUUAAUUUUAUGAGCUGUUUUUUUUUUCAGCCAGGUAAGAGUUGAGAAAUGUGUCAUGAUCUAUAGAGUAAUUAAAUCAUUUUGGGCUUUUUCUUGAGUUAUUUUACGGGCAGUCCUUUUUCAAUACAAUGCGUUUUUAUUUAGAGAAUUAAUUCUUCUUUCCUUUUUAUUAUAUUUUAUUUGAUUUUUUAGUAAAUUUUAUUCUUAUGCAUUUGUAAAUAAACAGAGAAAUAAAACAGCCAGUGGUUGGUUAGCUUAGCUAAAUGUGCAAAGAACAGAAGAAACAGCUCGCCUGGUUUUAAGUCCAUUGUAUUGAUCUUCUUUAAUUAUUAAAAAAAAAAUGAACCCAUCAGUUUUUUUAAAGUGGGGCUCAAGCAUUCGCUAAAAAUUGGCUGAAAUAGAAACCCAUGCUUCUUCACGACCCUUUAUUGAUACCUGUUUACCGGUCAUUAUUUUAUUAACAUAUGAAACCACUUGCAGGAGGCAGGUGUUGAUUGAAGUGAAAUGACCACCUUUGUUUACAUUUUCUAAAGCUCUAUAGAUACAUUCAAUUGUUUGAACGGGAUAUUCUUAUAUAUAAAACACGUAUUGAGAACGCGCUGGGCAGGGGAAUAAAAGAUCACUACACUGAAGGGAAGCACCAAAAUGAAACCAGUCUUAUCACCCAAAUCAAAUUGAUUUAAAAUGAUUAAUUUUAAAGCUGUUUAUUGGCUAAAUUUUCUAACCUCAGGCUCAGACAGAACCGGGCCACCUGUUUCCCUCUGUCUCCAGUCUUUGUUUAAGUCAAGCUAAGCUAACUCUGUUGACUCACUAGCUUCAUACUUUUAGUGACAUCAGUGAUUAUCUAACUCUUAAGAAAUGAGUUAAAUGUGCGAUUCUAUUUGUAUUAGAAUUUUUUCAAGAUUAUUUUUGAUAUUUCACUCUUUGUAUGCAACCAGUUUGACCUUUACAUCUUAAUCAAUAACUCAGCUGCACUACAAAUGUUUAUGAACCCAAAAGACAAUAUAACAAGGUGUAUGAGUCAACAUCUAGUAUUGACAGUGCUAAAUACAGUUUGAAUGCCAUUGUACUUUGUUUAAUGAUCUGCCCACCCUGGUACACAGCUCAGCUUAGUACUGACAGCCUGAGAUGUGUCACGUGUUCAUAUAAUCAGCCUUUUGCUCAGUUUUAUACUGCGUUGCUAUGGUUACUGUAUUCUUCAUCACUACAGUGCCUUCAUGUUUCUGAUUUUUUAAACAGAAACUACAGGUGCGGUACUUCUUAACCUUUUAUAGUACUGUUUGGAUAUCUUCUUGUGUUACAGUCAGAUUUCAGUCAGAACCAGUGUUGGCAGGAUGAGUUAUUUUUUCCAGACAGGAUAAAUCAGUAAACUCUGCGGUGUUAAAUUAUUGGAACAUUCCUGAAUGUCAGAGAGUGUCUGCUGACGUGGAGCAGACUUAAAACUUCACACAGCUGCUGCUCCACAUGUUCAUAUUUAACUUUAAGAAAGCCUUAACUGCAAAAAUUGAUUUAAAAAAGACCAAAAAAAAUAAAUUCAGUGUGUGCUUUGUAAAUAUAUUAUGAAUGAGGACAAUCUAUAGCAUUUCUGAUCAAAUAAAGAUGUGCAUUUGUGAGUUACCAUGUGCCUCAUAUACUAUUUUACCAUUUAUUUCUGUACAGAUUUAAGCAAUCAUAAAUAAACAUUGAUUUCCUCUGUUA